UUUUCGUUGAUAAAAUUAUUUGCAAUAUCAUUUAUUGUAAUAAAGAGAGAGAGAAAUUCUGAGAUAGAAAUAAUUAAGGUACUUAGAGUAUAAAAAGACCCAUGCAUUCAAUAUUUGUUCAGUUUUCCUUGGAUAUAUUUCAAGAACAUUCGAAUCUUCUUUAUUUGAAAUCGAUAUUUAAAAGAAAAAUGAAAACGAUCGUGAUUAUUUCUGCUAUUUGCGUUUGCGUUGGUGCAUUGACACUUGAAGAAUUACAAAUAGGGCUACGUGCUGCGGUGCCAGUUUGUAGGCUAGAAACAAGCAUUGAUCAAUCACAAGAAGAUAAUUUUCGUGACGGCAACAUUGAUGUAGAAAAUGAAAAAGUUCAAUUGUUUUCUGAAUGUUUAAUAAAAAAAUUCAGUGCUUAUGACGAUGAUGGAAACCUAAACGAAGUUGUGGUCAGAGAAAUAGCGAGAUUAUAUAUCGAUGAAAACGAAGUUAAUAAAUUAGUCGCUGAAUGUUCGGUUAUCACUGAUGCCGACAUUCGUCUAAAAUCUAGUAAAUUAUUGAAGUGUUUUGCAAAAUAUAAAACAUUGAAUGAAAUGAUGAAUGCCUAAAUAUUCAACUAUCAAAAAGAAAGAAGAUUUAUUUGUAAUAAAAUAUAUUUUCUUACAUUGAUUAUAGAAAAUAUGUAAAGAAUUAUAUCAAUAAAUUAAUAUACGAUUA